AUGAACUAUGAUACGUUAACAGAUGAAGUAAAGAGGUCCUCAAAUUACACAUUACUGGCAGGUGAUGAACCAAUUGAUGACAGUACACUGACACCCGGAUGGUAUAGAAUUGACAGUAGAACAGGAAACGACAUAGUUACAAAAACUGUAACAAUGUAUCAGUGUGGCACAAUUUAUCCGCUCUGGAUGAAUGGAACUCUUCCUACGGUUCGUGAUAAAACCACUAUCAGGAAAGUUUGUAGAUCUGGACCAAAUGGUAACACAUGUGUGAAAGAAUAUGACAUCAAAGUUCGAAAUUGUAGCACUUUUAGGACAUACUACUUGCCAAAAGUUACGCUAUCUAAAUCAGCUUAUUGUUUUGGUUCAUUAGCUGUUUCGCAUCCAUCGAAUCCUAUAGGUACAUCAGAUAGCACACUAUCACCUGUCAUAUGCUUGAAAUGCACACCACUUGAAGGGUCAAAGAUUUGUUCUACCGUACAUACAGAACCCCCUACCUACGAUGAAGCCAUGCAAACUAGGAAGCAUAAAAGUGCAGUGUCAACAAAAGCCUAA